AUGAGUUCAGUCGCACCUCUCCAGCACGAGCUGGACCUCGAGCGCCAUGCGGGAGAGUUGGCCCCAGACCAGCCGGUGCCAAAACCAGAGCUUGGCUCCGAAUUUGAGCUCGAUGCCGCCGUCGUCAAAGGUGGGAACAACAUCUUUACAGAAUCACCAGACCAGCUAAUGAAGGGGCUAGCAUUACCAAUCUCUGGCACCGAGGUGAUCUCCGCGCGCGAGUAUGGAAUGUCGCUUUGGGGCCAAACGGCUCGAAUUGAUACCAAACUGCCAAACGGUGUCCCAAAGACCUACUUUCUGAAGACCGUGUGCCUCGAUCAAGCGGGGCGCACUAUGAUCGAAGGAGAGUUCGAGUCACUCAAGGCACUACACUCCGUAUCACCAGACCUUGUGCCUCAGCCCUACGCCUGGGGCAAAUUUCAUACUAAGUCUCCACCCGAUGUCGACACUUACUUCCUCCUGACUGAAUUUCGAGGGGUUGGUAAACAACCCCCAAACGCUGUCGAGUUUACGGCCCGGCUUGCAGAGCUCCACAAGAAGUCCGAGUCACCAACCGGCAAGUUUGGCUUCCACAUCACCACCUGCCACGCCAAACUGCCCCAGUUCACAGAUUGCUGGGAGGAUUCCUGGGAAGUUCUCUACCGAAAACAGCUUGAGAACAUGAUCCGCUUGGACAAGGAGAAGCAUGGCGAAUGGCAGGAGUUCUCAAGGAUCUGCGACCUCAUCUUGGAUAUCGUGAUCCCAAGGCUUUUGGAGCCUCUACAGUCGAACGGGCGCACUAUCAAGCCGUGUCUUGUGCAUGGAGAUCUCUGGGACGAGAACACCGCGACCGAUAUGGACACUGGCGAGCCGUUUAUCUUCGACGCUGGCUCGUUCUACGGACACAACGAGUACGAGAUCGGCAACUGGCGAGCGGCCAGGCACAGGUUGAGCGACGAGGUGUACGUGCAAAACUACAAGCAAAACUUUCCCGCAUCUGAGCCAGAGGACGAGUGGGAUGACAGGAACUUGCUGUAUUCCUUACGAUUUGACCUUGGAACGGCCGUUUUGAUUCCGGGUUCUAACAUGCGCCAAGUCGUGAAGGACAACAUGACAGCACUGUGCGCAAGGUUCUGCCCGAAGGAACUUCGUCUCGCCCAGGGACAGGGGCAACUCCCGAGUCUUUUCGACGGAGCUGAUGACGUGGAUGAGGAUGAGGCUGGGGAAGAGGAAUAA